AAAGUUAUGAAAAUAUUUUUUUCCUUCUAAAUUAUAAACUUAAUAUAUGCAUGCAUGCAUCCUGAUUUUUUUAAUUAAAUAUCAAACUAGGAUUUUUUUUUCUUUAUUAAAAUUUACAACAAAUUAAAGAAUUACUUACUGUCUACACAUUUCUUAUGGACAUGCAUCCAAAUUAUGAUUUCCAAAUAUAUUAUUAAAUUAAGAAAGAAUAUAUUUUUCUUUUGAAAAAUAUUGAUUACCGUGAGAUAUUACAUUUUGUAUAGAUUGGAGUAGUACAAGCUCAAAGUAAUAUAAAGAGAUGGAGCUCUCAAAUGUAAUGACCCAAAAAAAAAAGAGAGAUGGAGCUUUGUAAUUUCUAAAAUGUCUCAAGAAGUGAGUUGUGGUGAGAUGGAACCAAGCAUGUGGUCCAAGCUUCCUUCAGAUCUCAUUCAGUUGAUUUUUGAAAGUCUUGGUUUUGCAGAUUUUCAAAGGGCUAAAUCUGUUUGUUCAUCUUGGCGCUAUGCAUCCAAACAAUCUUCACCAAACAAUCAAAACCCUUGGUUGAUUCUAUUUCCAGAAAAAGGUAAAGAUUACUGCCUCUUGUUUGAUCCCGAGGAAAAAGAAGACAAGUUAUAUAGAAUUCAAAAUCUAGGUGCCAACUUUGAAAAUAGUAAUUGUUUGGCUACUUAUGGAAGUUGGCUCUUGAUGCAAGACGAUCAUCAAUACAAUAUAAUAUACAUUUUGAAUAUAUUCACCUGUGAGAAGAUCGAUCUGCCUUCCAUGAAGUCUCAACUUCGCAUUGAGGAGACUGAAGAUGAUAUGUUUCUUGUAAGAUUCGACAACAACAGAUAUGUUUUAUUCUGGUUUGACGAGAAAACCAAAGAUUAUGUGGUUAUGUGGAUAAUCCAACUCCGAUUUUUGGUUUAUUCCAGAAGAGGUGAUAAAUUUUGGAAACAAAUUGAGAUUUUUGACUGUUUUGCUGACAUGGUAUACAAAGAUCAUAAACUUUAUUUGUAUACUAGUUGGUCUCGUGAUGUCAAAGUCUUGGAUUUUUCUCAAGACAUUCCGCGACAAAUCUUUGAGACGCAAGUUAACUAUGAUGAUUUGGGAAAGUGGUGUCUUAAUACUCAUAUAUGUAGGAUCAAGAAUGAAAAUCUUGUAGUCAGAGUGACUGGUGAAGUUCUGAGGGUUAAGAGCAUAGUUUCGUACAAUUCUGAUGUUUGGUACUUCCGCAUCUACAAGUUGGAUUCAUCAAAUAGUGAGUGGGAGAAACUUGAUUCUUUGGGAGAAGAAGAAGCGAUAUUUUUGGAUCUUGGUAUCACCGUGCAUGCCAACACCAUCCAAGGAAUCGAUGGAAAUUCAAUAUAUUUCAGUGGCAAUCAUAAUUUCUAUUAUGAUUCUUAUUUGGGUCAUUUUUGGAGUGAAAAGGAUAUAUUUAUCUUCAAUAUUGGCACACAAGAAAUUAAAAGACCACAUCCAAGUAUCUUUUCGUCCAUUCAAUUAUCUAAUGCUCGAUGGUUUGUCCCAAAUUUCAAACAAAUGUGAUUGGGAAUCUCAACUCUAUUAAUGUAUCUUUUUAAUUAUUUUGCAAGUGAGAGCGUUAAAUUUAUCAUGUUCACCAGUGAGAAGAUCGAUCUGCCUACCGUUUUAUCUCUAUAUUCAGCUCUCUCUGUUUCAUUUUACUAGGAGAUUAAAAAUGAGUUUGGGAUUACUAUAUGGGUUGUCGUAGUCUCAACCCUAACACAUAUAUCAUAUACAUCAUCUUGGAUUUGGUUUGUGCUAUGUGCAACGCCUUCGUUAUCAAAUCUUUUGUUUAUGGUUGGUAAAUUAUAUUUUUUUGAAUAACCAGUAUAUUUUUACUUUUUUGAAUAACCAAUAGAUUUUGAAUUGAUGCCUUGGCUUAAACACAAUACCUUCUGUCUGAACACAAUUUUCAAACCGAAAACAGUUCGCUAAACCCGAAAAUAGUUUCCUAAACCCGGCCUGAAUGAAAUAUCUAAUUCUCUAAAUUGAGACACUAAACACGAUAUCCUAACCCAAAAUAAUACCUUCAAUGGAGAAUCAUCUUCCUGUUGAUUCACCCGUUCUCAAGCACCACAUGACGCAUAGAUAUGCAGCAUUAAAAAAGAAGAGUGUGUUAAAAACUUAAAAUCAAUGGGGUUAUUACGCUAGAAUGAAGAAAAAGUGAUUUUUCCAAAAAAAAUAAUAAUAAGAAAAUUGAUUGUACUCAAAUAUGAAAAUAAAAAAGAUUUGCAUAUAUCUUAAAUUCAAAAUGUUUGGUAACUAUACUUUUCAUAUUUUAGGAUAUUUAGUCAUGAUUAUAUAAGUGAUUUACAAAUUUUAUUAAGAAUUGAUUGUACUCAAAUAUGAAAAUAGGAAAGAUUUGUAUAUAUCUUCAAAUAUUUGGUAACUGUACAUUCCAUAUAUUAGGAUAUUUGGUCAUGAUUAUACAAGUGAUUUUUCAAUUUUUUUCUGUUAAGAAAAUUGA